GCCUUGCUUGUCUCUCCCAAGGCCCAUCUUUCCGAAGCGCCACUUUGACGCAUCGCCCAACGCGGCACCCGAAGCCUCCGCGGAUCUGCGAUCACAAGGCAUUCCACGAGGAUGCCACGAUCCCAGACUAGGAACUUUGCGGUAUACACUAGACGCUCUAGCAUCACGCCAUGGCUGGCCUCACAUAACGACAUACAUGGCACGGCGCUUAAGGGCGUAAAAUGGUGUGGCAAAUGUCUCCCCUACUCUGGGGUUUGAAAAAGGAAUUAAGGGCAUGUAAGCAUCGCUUCUCACCCGCAUCCUUAAGACACCCCAGACCAGGCAUUUUGCUUGCAAUUACAGAUAUCUAUUGGUAUGCUAAGUCGGGUAUGAGCACGUAAUUCAUGGCGUAUGGGAAUAAUAACGCCACGCCAAUUUGGCCGUUGGUGCAGACACUGGUGGGUAAAGCGGGAGAGAGAAGAUAUUGGCAUGUUGAAUAGCGAGACUGGGCACAGCGAUAAAGGUAGGGGGACAAGAAGGUAAGCGGGCUUAUGGCUAGUGAUAUGCACAUUAAAAUUCCGUGGUGCGCACAUAAUUUACCUGUUAUUUUCUGAGCAUCAGAUGCGACAUGUAUGGUCUCGUUAUCUCACCCCGCCUCUCAG